CUGGCGCUCUCCACACUCUCGCGAGAGCGGUGUCUGCGUAUCCGGGACGUUCCAUGUUUCUCAUUUUCCAUCAUGGCGCUGACGGUGGCGAAGGCUGUCAGCGGCUCUGCGAAGGCAGUGCUCAGGCCAGCCCUCCUCUGCCGUCCUUGGGAGGUUCUGGGUGUCCACGAGACCCCCCGGAGAAGCUUCUCACAACAAACAAUUCCUCCAUCGGCAAAGUAUGGUGGGCGGCACACGGUGACCAUGAUCCCAGGGGAUGGCAUUGGGCCAGAGCUCAUGUUGCAUGUCAAGUCUGUGUUCAGGCACGCGUGUGUGCCGGUGGACUUUGAAGAAGUGCAUGUGAGCUCCAAUGCCGAUGAAGAGGACAUUCGCAACGCCAUCAUGGCCAUCCGUCGGAACCGCGUGGCCCUGAAGGGCAAUAUCGAAACAAACCAUAACCUGCCACCAUCCUACAAAUCCCGCAACAACAUCCUUCGCACCAGCCUGGAUCUUUAUGCCAAUGUCAUCCACUGUAAGAGCCUGCCAGGAGUGGUCACCCGGCACAGGGACAUAGAUAUUCUCAUUGUCCGGGAAAACACAGAGGGCGAGUACAGCAGCCUGGAGCAUGAGAGUGUGGCAGGAGUGGUGGAGAGCCUGAAGAUCAUCACCAAGGCCAAGUCCCUGCGCAUUGCCGAAUAUGCCUUCAAACUGGCCCAGGAGAGUGGGCGCAAGAAAGUGACAGCUGUGCACAAGGCCAACAUCAUGAAACUGGGUGAUGGGCUCUUCCUCCAGUGCUGCAAGGAGGUGGCAGCCUGCUAUCCCCAGAUCACCUUUGAGAGUAUGAUUGUGGACAACACCACCAUGCAGCUGGUGUCCCAACCCCAGCAGUUCGAUGUCAUGGUGAUGCCCAAUCUCUAUGGCAACAUCGUCAACAAUGUCUGCGCAGGACUGGUCGGGGGCCCUGGCCUUGUGGCCGGGGCCAACUAUGGCCAUGUGUACGCUGUGUUUGAGACGGCUACAAGGAACACAGGCAAGAGUAUCGCCAAUAAGAACAUCGCCAACCCCACAGCUACGCUGCUGGCGAGUUGCAUGAUGCUCGACCACCUCAAGCUACACUCCUAUGCCACCUCCAUCCGCAAGGCCGUCUUGGCGUCCAUGGACAAUGAAAAUGGUACGGAUCCGGUGUUGGUGGCUCCCUGUCGUGUGCUGAAAUUUGACCAUCACCCGCAGAUGCACACCCCGGACAUUGGGGGCCAGGGCACUACAUCAGAAGCCAUCCAGGACAUCAUCCGUCACAUCCGCAUCAGCAAUGGCCGUGCCGUGGAGGCCUAGGCUGUCCCUGUCCCACCCCCAGCAUCCCAGAGCACCCCAGCUGGCUUGCUCUGUGCACCCAGAAUAAACCAGUUUCUGCCCCA